UAUGUUGUCCGGGUGCUGCAGGCUUCUAUGUGAGAGACAUAUUAUGAACAAAUUGGUGUAAUGUUCAAAAUAAAAAGUUAAAAUAUCUGUAUUAAGGGGGAAAAUAACCUCUUCAAUGUAACUCAGCGCUCAUUGUGUCGAAGAAAAGCGAUUCGAUAGCCGGUGAUGUGUGAGCAAGGCCUGAAGCAGAGAUGCAAUGUCGGCCUGGUGGUCACUAUUUCAUGGUGAUGAAAAGUCUGGUGGUCAGCAGCAGCUGCAGGUGGAGAUCCUCCUGACUCCUCCGCGUUCCAGCGCAGCAACGCCCCAUGCAUGGCAGCAUGGAGCCUGGACCCAGUGGGCCACCGCUCCAGGUUCUUGGAGAGAACGAAGCACUGCAACAAUUCUUCAGCGGUCAGGACGUCAGCAGUGUGUUGGACAGCUCUGUUGCUGUCGACACCAGCAUCCUGGAGCAAUACCUCAGCAACGACAUGGACCCCAGCAACUUCAUGCUUCCUGAGUCUCCUCCCGACUCGGAGGCCUGUUCUCCUCCGCAGAUACCAGAUCUCGGAUAUGAACGGUCCUGUUGGUCCAUCCGUCCAGAGGUGUUUCAACCACCAACGUACUGUCACUUUAAGAAUCGAGGCUCUACUCCCCUCGAGUCUGACCGACUCAUUCAACCCACUUCCUGUCGGUUAAAAGAUGGCGGCGGCACACCCCAUUCUGAUUUUCUGACCCACAACCAGUUCUGUGGUUUGGGCCUCACAGACUCUUCUGUAAAGUCUAGGACUCCACCUGAUCCGCAUGUUCCACCCCUUCAUCAGGACACCAACCUCCCACCUAAACACUACGUGAAUUCAGGAAGCAUUUUGCAAGGUUACACUCCACCCACACCUCCUUCCCCACCCUUACCUCCAACCAGUACCUAUAUCUCCACCAUGACUGACCAAGUUCUGGUCCAAAACCUCCCUGCGUCGUCUUCACACUGUGUGCUGGGUUCAGUCUCCUGUUCCCAGGACAGUAAAAAGAGAAGGAGAUCUGAGUCUGAGGAAUCAUUUGCAGCAGUUGAUGUUGCCAGUUGUGACAGGGAUGGGACUCAGAACACUGGAAAUACUUUAAUUGGACCGGGUCAGAGUUGCUCCCCGUUGCUCAGAUGGGAACACUACAGGCGGGAACACUGGAGCACUUUAUGCAACUCCAGCUUCCAAACACUGGCGUCUCCUGAGUACCUUAUUGAUACAGAUAAAGGCUUUAACUAUUCUCCAUCUGAUGAGGCUUUUGUGUGCCAGAAGAAGAACCACUUCCAGGUCACAGUUCACAUUGGUGUGGCUGCAGAGCCGCAUUAUAUCAGAACAGCCAGCGAUCUGCAGAAAAUCGACCACUUCCAGAUUAAAGUGUUUGGGAUUAAGCUUGAAACACCAAGCCAUGAGGUGACGAUAGAGCAGUCUCAACCUGACCGCAGCAAGAAGCCCUUCCACCCCGUCAGGGUGAGUUUGCCUGGUGGCAAAAUAACCACAGUAACUCUUGGACGACUGCACUUUAGCGAGACAACGGCCAACAACAUGAGGAAGAAAGGCAAACCCAACCCUGACCAGAGGUACUUUCAGAUGGUGGUUGGCCUUUACGCUGCCGUCCAAGACGAGACUUUUCUUCUGACUGGCCUGGUGUCAGAGAGGAUUAUUGUUAGGGCAUCCAAUCCAGGCCAGUUUGAGACGGACAGCGACACCUUGUGGCAGCGUGGGUCAGCACCGGACGCCGCAGUCUGUCACGGUCGGGUCGGUAUCAACACCGACUCCCCAGAUGAAGCCCUGGUGGUGUGUGGAAAUGCUAAGGUGAUGGGUGCCAUCAUGCAACCGUCUGACAACCGAGCCAAGCAGAACGUACAGGAGGUCGACUCUGAGCAACUGCUUAAGAGAAUCAAUCAGAUGAGGAUAGUUGAAUUUGACUACAGGCCAGAGUUUGCCUCCAACAUGGGAAUAGAUCACACCCAUCAGACAGGAGUGAUCGCUCAGGAGGUAAAGGAGCUGCUUCCAUCGGCGGUCAAGGACGUCGGCGACGUCAUCUGCUCAGAUGGAGAAGUGAUAGAAAAUUUCCUCAUGGUUGAUAAGGAGCAGAUCUUCAUGGAGAACGUGGGAGCUGUGCAGCAGCUGACGAAGCUUACGGACAACCUGGAAACUCGCAUCCAGGAGCUGGAAGUCUGGAACCGCAGACUAGCAAAGUUGAAGAGCUUAACAGGAAGUCUGCGCUCCAGCAGCAGUAAAGCUCAGGUCAACAGUAGCGGGUCAGUGCCACCAACCCCAGAACCGGGUAGAACCGCAACCACUCAGAAAAACGGUGUCUGGUGUCAGAAACUCAGUCACUUUCUUCAGAAUAAAAUCUUCCUGGCCAGCCUCUUUACCUUCCUGGUCACUACGGCUAUCUGUAUAAUCUCCAUUUCAGCUCUUUACCUGGUAAAUCUGAAGGCGGUAGACAUUGAGAUCCGUCCCAUUAACAGCACCAGCACUGUGUCGCCAAUGUGGACAGAAGAAUCACCUACUACAGUCUCAACAACAGCAAUUCCAGUCUCAAAAACAACGCCUCCUGGCUCCUGGCCUCCUGACGUGAGCUUCUGUGAGCUGCUGUUCUGUGAUGAGGUCUUCUGCUGCCCUUCGUCUCCAGCGGGCAGCGCUUUCUCCAUCAGGCCGACCUCUGAUCCAGCCAGAAACUCAACAAGAACAGGAGCAGAAAACAUCAAGCAGCUGAAAGCUACUGGAGACUGGCGAAACACAACUAUUCAUACUUUCAUUAUCAAAGAGAACGACCAGGUGAUUGACAGCAAAUACUGCAUGAGGGAUGAAUGUGGGCCUGAGAGAUACGUUUUUAGAGUUCCUAUCAGCCAGUUUGUUCCUGUCAACAUGAGAGUCACGCUGCUUAUGAAUUCUACUGAAUUGUUGGUGGUUCAUCUAUGUGCUGUGGAGGAGACCAGCCCUUGUUCUGCGGUAACGAAAGAAGACGAUGACUCUGAACAUAGGUACCCAUCAAAUACACAGGGGGAACAUGAGUGGCCUCUUCAUGUGGCUCGGCUUCAGCACAGCUCAUAUCACUUCCGGUCCUCAGUAGCUGGUCAAGCAAACUGCAGUACUGACCACCACUACGCGGGGGCGCUAUUUACAGAUUAUUACUUCCACUUCUACAGACGCUGCACAAAGACAUAAACGUUAGCUUCUUCCCAAAAAUUAAUUUAAACAAAUGAUCUCAUUCAGCAGAUCUCUGCUUUUACUGACAAAAACUUUUACUGCACUGUUGUAAUGUUGUUUGUUUUUUAUAAAUUGAAAAUGCGUUUUAUUGUGAAGGGAAGGCAAAUCUUCAGAUUACAUAACUUCUCACUUUUAAUCUGUUUUGGACACUUCUUGCUUUGCUGAUCUCGAAAACAAAAUAAAUAAUUUUAAAAAUGCUGUUUGUAUCUUUUUCCCCAGUGAAGCACUUGAACGUUUUUCCUUUGUUUAUGAAUUUGUGGAUUGAUAAAUCUUUGCUGAGGGGAUUAGAAAUGAGAUUAGAAAUGUUGGUUAGCAGUUUACACUUCUGUUGGCCACUUAAAGAAACAAAUCUCUUAAAUCUGUUAUUUAAAAUAUUUCAAUUAGUUGAUGUUUCUGUUGUUGUGAGACUAAAGUAGUACAAAAUGGCAGAAAACAUAUUUUUAACAAAUGUAAAAUUACAAUGCCAACUUUAUAAAUUGUUAAAUACAAACAUGGAUGUCUGAAACCCAAUCCCAUUUCAUAUCCAGACCUGUAAAUGUUCACUGACCCAGAUUCUGUGGAUCAUUUUGAUGUAAACCUGGGUUGGUUCUGGUCUUAUUGGAUGUUUUGUUCUGUUUAUGUGCGAUGUUUAGUUUCUGAAAGCCUCCUGAUUGAAAUAAUUUCUGACAUUUUAGACAAAAUUAGUGCGUUUUCACAACUGGUUGACUGGUGAUAAGAUUGCAACAUUUGUUAUAUUUCAGCUGCUGCAGUUCACUUUCACACUGCGCUGAAUCAGUCUGUAAAACCUGUUCCCCUCCUCGCCUGUGGGGGCGCUGCACCACUAACUACUGAAGGAAGCAACAAAACCUUUCGAAAAGACACCAGCAUUAUUUUCAUAACAAAAAUGCGUAAAACCUUUACAAUAUUCUGCUAAUGUAAAAAGAAAAAACACAAUUUUGCAGUUGUGUGGACUGGAUGAAAUGGGAUUGAGUCUAAAUAAUACAAAGAUGCUGUGGUUACCUAAAAGAAAUAUAUAGUGACGUCAUGAGUUAUUUAUGAAUGUAAAAGUUUUAACUUAAUCUUUUCUAUGAGUGAAUCCCAACUGCUUUAAUAAAGUAUUUUUAAAUGUUCUUGCAUGGUUGUUUUAAUUUUUUUUGCGUUUUGCAUGAUGUUUUACGAGCUUGAGAGCUUUUCUCACCAUGCAAACUUCUCACUUUUUACACGUUUAAUUCACUCGACUGACAGAACUGCAACUAAUUUAGACUUUAGGAACCAGAAGAUUUUUAGGACUGAGAGGAGUGAAGAAUAAUCUGGAUGUAAAAGACGGUUUAAUUUGUCUAAUUCUGGAUGGCAAGUCAACAACAAAACACGGGAAAAGCACAUAAAGCGUAAAACUAGCUGACCAAACUGUCUGGGGUUGCUAGGUAAC